AUGAAACGGGGAACUACCUCGGCCCGAUCAAUAUUCUUGUCUACGCCUACAGAGCUGACUACAUUGAAAAUCGAAGAUCAAAUUACAACCAACAAAGAUGGCACCAAGACUGUUAUAUCGUAUCGAUUUAACGAUGAUGGCAAGCGUGUGAAGACUACAAGACGAAUACGUACGACGGUGGUCAAAGAAACGGUGAACCCACGAGUCGCAGAACGGCGAGCAUGGCCAAAGUUUGGACUCGAAAAGGGUCACCCAGCCGGUCCUUCCUUUGAUACUACUUCCGUAGGCGAGAACAUUAUAUUCAGACCUAGCGUAACAUGGAAGAAAGACGACAAGGAAGAGGCUACUAAGAAGGAUGACCCUAAGGAGAAGCUGAAGAACAUGAAAGUCAAGUGCAGAAUUUGUGACGGAGAACAUUUUACAGCUCGGUGUCCUUUCAAGGAUACUAUGGCACCCAUGGGUGAGAAUGGAGAUGUCGCUGCUGAUGGCGCAGGGGCAGACGGCGAAGAGGGUGCAGUCAAAGAGGGCGGGCUGGGCUCUGGGGCAGGUGGCUACGUGCCACCGCAUUUGAGGAAGGGAGCAAAUGCUGCGGGAGGAGAAAGAAUGGGUGGGAAGUACGAGAGGGAUGACCUAGCUACCCUAAGAGUCACAAAUGUCUCAGAGUUUGCAGAGGAGAAUGAUCUUCGUGAAAUUUUUGAACGCUUCGGACGAGUAACACGGGUUUUCCUCGCGAAGGAUAGAGAUACGGGCCGGGCAAAGGGCUUCGCUUUCAUUAGCUUUGCGGAUAGGAGCGAUGCCGCAAAGGCUUGUGAGAAGAUUGAUGGCUAUGGGUACGGACAUUUGAUUCUCCGUGUCGAGUUUGCUAAACGAGCUACGUAA